AUGCUUCUAAUUUUUAUAUCUGCGAUAUUGUCCGGCCUCGCCUCGUCACUUCUGCUAAAAGAUUGUAAUGAAGCAUUGGGUCUGACGAAUGGGAAGAUUCGAGAUGAUCAGCUCAGCGCAUCAUCUUCAUUCGAUUCCGAAAGCACUGGUCCACAACAUGCGAGGGCUAGGACGCAUACCGGAAGUGGAGCCUGGUGUCCUCUGAAUCAAGUAAAUAGUACUCAAAAAGAAUGGAUUCAGAUUACUUUCGCACGAGAUACGGUUGUGACGGCAGUCGAAGUGCAAGGUCGAUACGAUGAGGGACGUGGCAUGGAAUUCGCUCGAGCGUUCAAAAUCGAGUACUGGCGGCCGAACUUGCAGGGUUGGGCCUCGUACAAAAGCGAGGAGAACACCGAGAUCAUCCCUGGCAACAGCGACACAUACACAGCUGAACUGCGGGUUCUCGAUGCUCCUAUUGUGGUGCGGAGGCUUCGGAUAGUUCCACUUUCCAACAGUACACGUACAGUAUGCCUGCGGUUGGAAGUAUUUGGUUGCAUCUACGACGAUCCUCUUCAAUCGUAUACGGCUCCAGUUGGCUCUAAAGCCAAUGGGAUUGACUUUGGCGACUCUUCCUACGAUGGCUCCACUAUGCAUUCCAUUAGUGCCGGUGGACUAGGGCGCCUUAGCGACGGAAUGGUCGGCGAGGAGACGGAGAUUACGCAUCCGCACAGAUGGGUCGGAUGGAGAAGACAAACAAGCGAAGGGGGUUAUGUCAAGCUACUGUUCACAUUUGGGGAGCUGAGGAACUUUUCCUCUAUCAAUCUACAUACAUUGUUUUCUCGGAAGCUGAAUGCGAAGGGAUUCUCCAGAAUAAUUGUGACAUUCUCUGCAAAUGGAGCAGACUUCUCAUCCCGAAUACAUGAAUAUAUACCAGAAGAACUAGCAGCCACUUCGUGGAUUCACGUUCCUAUCUUUGGUCGCAUCGCGUCGACUGUGCAGCUGCGUCUGUACUACCCAUUAGACUCGUCAUGGAUAUGUCUUUCCGAAGUUCGUUUCGCUAGCAAAGAAGUUCGCUACGAUCUAUUGCACUUUGACGAUGACCAUUCCGAUAGCGUGACGUACUUUGCUGUCGACGAACCCAUUCCGGAUGGGAGACUCGGAACUAUGGUGCUACUUUGCUUGCUCUUCUUGGCGCUCGUCUUUCCAAUCACUGUAUUCUGCCUCUACCGUAAACGAGACAAAAUUCGAACCUCAUCACCUCCACAUGGCACUCAUCUCACUUUCGAUGGGACCGUUUUCAAGUCGGUUUCACCAUCUACUUAUCAAAUGACCAGAGACAACAUGGAGAACACUUUGCUGGAAAAGUGCCCAAUGAUUGUGAUCGCUUCAGAAUACGCUGAACCUGAUUUUGGCUGCACCAAAGAUAAAGCUGCUCUCGAGCCGCUUCUUUCAUCGUUCCAAAAUCAUGGCUUGGAAAUAUCACAUUAUGCCGAGACUGUCAUCCCAAAUGCAGCUAUGAGUAAUCCACUGUCUUCGGCCGUAAAGUACUCGGACUACGGUGCAUCGUUGUCUACUGGAAUCCCGUCAGGUUGCUGUGAAGCGACUAGCACCUCACAAGAAGAAGAGAAUGCUUUUCUGCGUGAGAUCAGAGUUUUAGGGAACCUCAAGCAUCCAAAUGUUGUGGAGGUAAUAGGAGUCUCCACUAUAGAUAAACCAAUGAUUUGCAUCAUGGAAUAUAUGGCCGGUGGAGAUCUGAAAUCUUAUAUCAGCAAGAUGGAAAACGUCGAUACUUUUUAUUGUAUCUCUGUGGCUACACAGCUUGCUGCUGGCUUAUCCUACCUCGAAUCAUGUAAUUUUGUCCAUAGGGACAUUGCCGCUCGUAACUGCCUUGUUGAUGAUGAAGGAAACGUGAAGAUCGCAGACUUUGGUAUGGCACGCAGCCUCUAUUCGAAUGACUACUAUCAAGUCGAGGGACAAUUUGUCUUGCCAAUUCGAUGGAUGGCCUGGGAAAGUCUUCUCCUGGGCAAAUUUUCUACUCACAGCGAUGUUUGGUCAUUUGGAGUGACACUUUGGGAGAUUUUCGCGAGAUGUCGUGAAAAACCAUACAGUUCUCUUGCUGACGACCAAGUAUUGGAUAAUAUUCAUUACAUGAGCAGCCAUGCUACACUUAAGCACGAACUGGAACGGCCACCGCUCUGCCCAGCUGGGGUGUUCUCGAAAGUGCUCCAACCCUGUUGGCAAUACGAACCGCAUGACAGGCCUUCGUUCGAAGCGCUACAUCUUCAGCUGCAGAUGCUCAUUCACACCCAGACGACAUAGGCAUCACCGUGAUGUUCCCAUAUAUUUUCCCUCAGGGACUCACUGCAAUACGGUUACUAAAGUGGUCCACUUAUUGGCCCACUCUUUUCCUCUUUCUUCUUACAUAUCGUGAACACUGGUCUUGCUUAUGCAUGAAAUGUCAGUUGAUCUUCAUAUUUGUUUUAAUCGCUGAUUUUUGUGGACUUCCGCUCACUCGAUAUUGUACAUAUACAGAUGUUUUCCAUUGC